UAAUUUUUCUUUUUCUUUUUUUUUCUCAUUCUUUAUUUUUUAAUAAUUUGAUUCUGAAAUUUAUACAGAAGAGAAAUAUAAGGGGAUUUGUGGAAAUAGGAAUUGAUUGAUUGAUGAAUGGAUGGAUGGAUAGAUAGAUAGAGGAGGAGAGACAUGGCGAGUGUUUUGAAGGUCAAGCCCAAUCAAGAUGGUCCUUCAAAGGGAAAGUUCGAUGCUUCCGUGAACAAGAAGAAGAUCGAAAGCUCUGAUAAGCAGUCUCUUGUUAAUUCUAGGAACAAAUCCGUUGUGACUGUCACGAAAACUGAGAUAAAAUCAAAAGGUGCAUCAUCUUCAUCAAAAACUACAACAACAACAACAAAAACUACAAAAGUGAGAGAGAAGAAAGUCUUCAGUUUGGCGGGCCAAAAAUAUGAUCGCCCAGAAGAGAGAGAACCCCUAAGGAUAUUUUACGAGUCAUUGUCCAAACAGAUACCAACUAGUGAAAUGGCAGAAUUUUGGAUGAUGGAACAUGGCUUGUUGUCCCCUGAAAGAGCCAAAAAGGCAUUCGAGAAGAAGCAGAGGAAGCAGAAGCAACUUCGGACAGGAACUCCCAUCAAAUCUCCCCCACCGUCCCGGUCAGAGAUGAAGCCACAGCCAUCAAAGAAUGGUGAUGUCAAAGCAAAGAAGAGAAUCAUGAAUGAAAGUGACGAUGAUGAUUUCAUUUUAAGUCCCAAGAGAAGGAAAGGGUAAGGGAACCUUUGUUUCUUCUACUGCUGUAUUUCUAGACACCAGUUUAUUUAUAUUCCUUCCCAUUCAAUUACAAAAAAGAAAAAGAAAAAACUGCAGUGUUGCGAUACUCCGAAACAACCAAUAAAUGGGGAUAGACAUGUACUGUGUAACUUAAUGGAUUCAAUAAGCAUCUAACUUUCUGAGACCAUGUUGUUCCACAUGAACAUGAUCAGAAUAGCUUUCUUAUACUGAACCUUUGCGCUUACAGUUCA